UAAUGUAUGGUAACCACUAUCAGCACAUUUUCCAACACAAAUUCAGUGUUAAUCUUGCGCUAUCAUUCUGCUGAAAAUAAUGACAGUCUUCAGCUUUUUUGUUGGUUAACUUGGUGCUGAUUGAAUGAAUUGAUCACCUAUUUAUUCAAACUAGACGAAUGUUCGUUGAUUUUAUAUGAGAAUUUACUAUUGAGGCAAGUUAGUGACAAAGAUAAUUCCAUAGUGAGUCAGUGAAACAUGAUGGUUGAUUUGUUUUCCUCUGAAUACCGUUACUCAUUUAAUGAUAGUAUUACGAGUACAAUAAGCAAUGGUCAUAGUUCAAGAAGCUUCAGCUAGUUCAUAAUAUAUAUACAAAUCACCUACAAUCAAAAUAUGAACCAGUAUCACCCGAAAAAUUGUGAAAACUCAUCUGAGAAUCAAGUGGACAUGUAGGGUACACCUACCUACACCUAACUUGAACAAUGUCGAAUAAGAGAAGAAGAAACAGAUCUCAAAUCGAGAGCCUCCUGGCAAUUCUGCACUUUGGAACGGGACUGGCCAGUCUCACAUUCUCCAUUCUGGUAACAAUUGUCUGGAGAUACUGGAAAGAUGUACUUAAUACUUGCAUGGAUGCACAUUGCAACUGCAUUCUAUAUGCAACUGCACUUUCGCAUACAGUUAUUGGAUCCGACACAGCUAUAUGCAAGUAUGUGGCUUUCUUACCUGUCCCAAUAACAAUUUGGGCGACUAUUAUGGGAUCCUACCAUGGAUAUAGAGCUUGUAUAAGACGGACAAACUACUCAGCCAAUAGAAGGAGGUCUGCCAUGUUUGUUAAUGAAGCUGCAAGAUUACAUAGCAAAAAGAAUUAUUCAUUGGGCUACUCGUGUCUAUUUAUAAUUUCCUCAAUUAUUGUAAUUAUUGGCAUUGGAAUCUCCAUCACAGUAACUUACGGAUAUUAUUCAACGUGUGCUUCUUACAGAACAGCAGUUCUCAAGCAACUCUCGGCAACUGGAAACCUGGCAGCCAUGGUACAAGAAAGAAUGAGCUGCAGCACAGUUUAUGAUUUUCUUGAUUACAUUCAGCCAGAACCAGAUUACAUGGAGAACAAAUUUCGCCGCAACACUUACAUCAUCAAUACCGGAUUACUUUUGCAAAUAGCAAUCAUUUCAACCUGGCUGAGCGUCUUAGCUUGGCUGGCCAUCGUUUUAUUGAACUUGUUUCUCAUUUUCAAAUCUUAAUACUUUUGUUCCAAACAUCUAUCUAAAAUUAAUUAACUCUAUUGAUUAAGAUCAAUCUAAUUUAUAAAAUCAAUCGGCUUUAAUACUUUUUUAAUUAUAUAUUUUUUAUUUCUUAUCUCUUUAGUUUGCUUUUAUCCUACAAUAUUGACUUACAUUAUGAAAAUAAGAUAUUUUAAUGAUUCAAAUUUUGUUUUUUCUGAUAUGCACAUAAGUCAUGAUACGGUACUAUUACACUUUUGAGUGUUAUUAAUGAGUGUUAUUGAACACUAUUCACAUUUCUCGAUUCACGUUUGAAUGUCAGAAUCUGAUUAACAUUGGUUUACUAUCCUUGUCUCUCAUUAGACAAUGCUCUUUGCUCAUCCAACUCCCCACUCUUGCCAAAUCGUUUGUAGUCCAUGAAGAAAUAUAACUAAGUACCAGAUGCUUAAUCUCUGUUAUGAUUUUAUUUUAAUAAAUCAUGAAAAAAUA